UUGCUUUUCGAGAACCUAUUAUAAAUAUACAAGAUGGUUAGUUCUAGAUUCAGUACAGAUUCAGACGCUUCCAGCACCACAUCUUAGAAACUUUUCGAUUAUCAUAGAAAGCAAUCAUGAAGUGCAUCGCAGCUGUAGUCAUGAUGGUUCUGAUGACCGCCGAGGCAUCCUGGGCUCCCCUGGCAUACUCUUAUCCUCAAGCUGCCUUGGUUCAGGACAACUCCUUCGUGCGUUAUGUGGCUGCUCCGUGGGAUUAUGGUACAGCCCCAGCAGCAGUUUCAUACGCCGCUUACAAUUACAACUAUCAUCCAACAGCUUACGUCCAGGCGCCAGUGGCCGUGGUUGCCCAAAAGGAAGCUCGCUAUCUGGCCGUUAACCGAGGAGCUGUUCAUGAUGCUCCCCUUCCAGGGCAUACAGUUUCGCAGCAAUCGCUGAAUCUGGCCCCUGCUCCAGGCACGCUGUAAAUUUUGGUUGUUUAGAAGUUUUAAGCAAAAAAUAGUAAAGGUGUAAAUAAAUUGAAUUUAUGUAAAACAAA